AUGUCGAACCCUGAAGACUACGCCGUCGGCUGGAUCUGUGCCAUCAGCACGGAAUACGUCGCCGCACAGAGCCUCCUUGAUGAGAAACACGGUACGCCGAGAAGCGUCGCUAGACACGACAACAACGACUAUACUCUAGGCAGAAUCGGCGAGCACAACGUUGUGAUUGCCGUUCUGCCUGACGGCGAAUAUGGAAUCGCUUCUGCAGCCAGCGUUGCCCGAGACAUGCUGCAUAGCUUUCCAAAUGUCAGAAUCGGGCUGAUGGUUGGUAUCGGCGGAGGAGCCCCGAGUGAAAAGCAUGAUAUUCGCUUGGGCGAUGUCGUUGUUAGCGCUCCCCGUGAUGGAAAGGGCGGCGUCUUCCAGUACGACUUUGGCAAAACGAUACAGAACCAGAGCUUUCAGACAACUGGAUUCUUGAACCAGCCACCGGCCGUCUUGCGAGCAGCAAUGGCCGGGCUGAGGGCAGAGUAUGAAAGCGAGGGGCAUCAACUCGAAGCCACAAUCUGUGAUGUACUUGGUAAGAAGCCACGGCUUCGGAAGAAGUAUUCUCGGCCAGAACAGGCCAGCGACAUACUGUAUCGAAGCAAUAUCGUUCACCCAAUCGAUUCACAGGACAGUUGCAAGGUUGGGUGUGGCGACGAUAUAAAGAAGCUGGUAUCACGCCGUGAGCGGGAGGAACACGAAGACAACCCUGCUAUUCACUAUGGCCUCAUUGCGUCUGCCAAUCAACUCAUGAAGGAUGCCAUUAUGCGUGACACGCUGGCUUCAGAGAUGGGGGUCUUGUGUUUCGAGAUGGAAGCAGCUGGGCUGAUGAACCAAUUCCCGUGUCUGGUCAUUCGAGGGAUAUGUGACUAUUCGGAUUCGCACAAGAACAAGGAAUGGCAGGGAUAUGCUGCCAUGACCGCAGCCGCUUAUGCAAAGGAUCUUCUCUACCGCAUCCCACCGAACAACGUCGAGGCUGUACAGAAGAUCAGAGACGUCUUGGCUCAUGCAUUAGUUGCCAGUGCAAUUGACGAUAUGAAGAACGAGUGGGAAAAUAACAAAGACCUUGCCAUCCUUGACUGGAUCACCCCCUUAAACUACGGUCCGCAGCACAGCGAUUUCUUCCACAGGAGACAGCCUGGAACCGGUCAAUGGCUCUUAGAAUCGGAAGAAUACAGGACUUGGUUGACCGAGAGUGAUAAGACACUCUUCUGUGUCGGGAUCCCUGGAUCAGGCAAGACCAUUCUCACUGCAAUCGUCGUCGAAGAUCUUCGAAAUCGAACAUCCAAUGAAGCAAGCAUCGGACUCGCUUAUAUAUAUUGCAACUUCAAACGGCAGGACGAACAAGGCAUCGAGGGCUUGAUCGCAAGCUUGGUGAAGCAGCUGAGCCGGAAGAGGCCUUGUUUGCCCGAUAUCAUCAGAAAUCUACAUGAAAAGCACGAGAAAGAGAAAACUAGGCCAUCACUCGAUGAGCUGAUGAAAGCUUUGCGGUCGAUAGCCACCAUGUACUCAAAGCUUAUCAUUGUGAUCGACGCGCUAGAUGAGUGCGUCGCAUUCAGUCGCUCGAGAUUAUUAUUAUAUAUCUCCAGUCUCCGUACUCGCGCUUCAGUCAGUCUUUUCACAACUUCCAGGCACAUUCCAGAUAUCGAGAAGGAGUUUGAAGGAAGCCUCAGGAGAGAAGUUCUGGCUAGCGAGGAAGAUUUGCACCGAUACAUUGAGGCUCACAUGGAAUAUCUGCCCGGCUUCUUGUCUGACAUGAACGAUCUCAAGCAGGAGAUUGAGGCGGAGCUUAUUAAGGCAGCCCAAGGAAUGUUCCUCCUCGUUAAUCUGAGCCUUGAGUCCCUGAGAGGGACGACGUCGAGAUUGGAAGUGAAGUCCACUCUCAAGAAACUCAGAAGUCAAAAGCAUGAAGAGAAAGGACAAGACGGACUGCAGACCGCCUUAGAGCAGGCUUAUGAUGAAGCCAUGGACAGGAUAGACCGCCAGAGUCCCGAUCAGCAGCGCCUUGGGAGAAAUGCCUUAGCAUGGAUUUGUUGUGCAAAACGGCCUCUUAGCCCACUGGAACUUCGACAUGCUCUCGCAGUGAAGCCUGAAGAUAAUGCUUUCGAUGCAGAUAGCCUUCGUGAGGCUGGUACCAUCAUCUCGGUCUGCGCUGGUUUGGUCACAAUUGAUGAAGAGAGUAACGUCGUUCGACUGGUGCACUACACAACUCAGGAGUAUUUUGAUCGAAGGCAAAACCACUUGUUCCCGAAUGCCGAGACAAAGAUUGCAGCAUUCUGUUGCAAGUACCUCUCCAACAUCCCUUGUAUUGGUGACGAUGGCCUAUACAAAGAGCCUACAGACUUACGGCAGUCAAAUCCACUGCUGGACUACGCAGGCAGGAACUGGGGGCGCCAUGCUUGUCUGUUGCCAGAGAUUCCUCGCGGUGUCCGAGACUUUAUGACGUGUUCGACCACAGUUGAAACAGCAGCUCGAGCAUAUUUUUUGCCUAACUUAUGGGCCUGGUAUACCAAAGAGCCGUGGCAAUGGGAUGGCCUUCACUUGGCGGCUCUCUUUGGCAUUUGCAAAGCUCUUGAAUUCCUUCCCCACGACCAGAAGCACUUGGAAUCAAAGGACAAGGAACGAAGGACGCCACUUACAUAUGCCGUUCUGGAAAGGCAUCACGAUAUGAUCCGCCUUCUGAUCGGAAAGGGUGCUUCAAUCAAUAUCGAGGACGAUCUUCACUAUACACCACUAGCAUACGCUAUCAAAGUUUCUGAUGAAUCAACGGUUCGCCUUCUUCUCGAAUUCCGAUUACUGCUCGAAAAGGGCGCUGACUUUACACAAUUACUGGAUGCUCUCCAGGAGUCAGAUGAAGAUCCGCAUCAACAUGGCCUCGACGCUCAAGAUGGAGGGCAGCAAAAGCAGGCACAAAUCGCGCAAUUAGCUCUUGAAAAGGGAACCUUGAUGCACCUUAAAUCGGAGGACAAUCAACGGUUGUUAUUUCUUGCAGCGAGGCAUGGACACAUGAACCAUCUCCAACUUUUGCUUCAACGGGGCGUUGCGAUUCAUUCGAGGGAUAGAUCAGGCAGCACGGCACUUUUCUAUGCUGCUCGUGCAGGGAAUGCAGAUACUGUUCGGCUACUCCUUGAAAUGGGCCUCAAGAUCAAUUCCCAAGAUGAAAAUGGCCAGACUCCGCUAUCACUUGCUGCUACUUCCCUCGAUGAUGGCAGGGCCGCCAUCGAAGGUGCUGCGAUUGAAGCGAGAGACAAUGAUGGUCAAACAGCAUUGAUGAAACGGUCGAGGCCAGAGAUAAUCUCGGACGAACAGCUUUACUACAUGCUCUACAUGCAUGGCAUCUGGAUGACCUUCAUAACAAUGCCGUUGACGUACUACUUGCCCAAGGUGCCGACGUCAAGGCUAGAGAUAACUUGGGACAAACAGCUCUGA